GAGGUCACCCCUCACUUCGAGACGUUGCCUUAUCCUCCCACACGGAACUUGUUGACUUGGACAAAUAUUUUUUUCCCAAUUAAAAUGUGUCUUCCAAAAGUGGAGAUUGUCGUGAGCGUCGUGGUCCUCGUUGUGAUGAUGGGUGGACUCCAGGAGGUGGUCGCUCAGGAGGAAACAAUGUGUCGUGGCGUCGCAUUGAACAUGACUGAUAAGCAAAAGGGGAUGAUCACUGAAUGUUUAACAGAGAGUAAAAUUAAAUCCGUUUGGAAAAUCCCGGCAGAUAAGCUGAGUUGCUUUGGAGUCUGCAUUUUGAAAAAGAAGGAGUUGUUGACGGCGGAGGGCAAACUGGAUCAUGACAAGAUUUUCUCAUACGUCGAGAUGGUCAUGAAGCCGGACGAGGUUAAAAAACCGAUGAAGGACGGAAUUGAGAAGUGCUUGAAGGAGCAUGGGGACAAGGUGCAGGUGAAGGAUGACACGAAAUGCAUGACUUUCUUGGAAGCAGGACAAUGCGUGCACGACGUGUUUUUCGAGCUCUGCAUGGACGACAGUCGCAGAAGGAGAUAAGUCGCGAACCGGAAAUGGGUCGAAAUAUUUUAAACGACACGGAAAUAAUGGAUGUCCACUCAAUCUAAUGAUUUGUUUUAAUUAAUAUACACGCAUCUAAAUUGUCAAGUGAAGAAAUAAAAUUGGUAUUUGAGCAUCAAAAA